CCUCUCUCUUACGUUUUAUCUUCGUCUUCUUCACGAUUCCCUUUCUAACACACACACACACACAUACCAAUAAAUAUACAGGCAACUGCAGCCAGCACACACAUACACACACACAUACAAACAGAGUAAAACACUCUCUUUCCCAGCAUGGAAGAUGAAUCUGUUCGCCUUAUACCUGUUGCCUCUCGUGCCGAUCUUCGGGCAUUUAAGUAACGAUAUUCUCCGCCUUCACUUGGCCACAGAUCCACCAAAUCUCGAUACGAACACUGUCUGUAUGAACUACCCGUAUCUAUCAACAGCCCAACUAGAACUCUGUAAGUUAUACCCCGAUGUCACAGCUUCGGCCAUACAAGGCAUCCAAGUCGCCGUGCAUGAAUGCCAAUAUCAGUUGAAAACAUAUCGAUGGAAUUGUUCCACUUUGGAGACUAAAAAUAAAAAUCCAGAAUUUAGUCCUGUCUUUAAACGAGGUUACAGAGAGACAGCCUUCGCCCAUGCAAUUAGUGCUGCCGGUGUAACACAUCAAGUCUCCACAGCCUGCAGCCUGGGCAAGCUUCGGUCAUGCGGUUGUGACAUGACGUCACACGGUCCAGCUAUCAGCUGGGAAUGGGGUGGAUGUAGUCACAACAUCGAAUUUGGUGACCACUUCGCCCGGAAGUUCCUCGAUGCUAAAGACACAGCGAAAGAUAUCCAAGCACAGAUCAACCUCCACAACCACAGAGCUGGACGACUGGCUGUAAUCAACAACGUUGGAAGAACGUGUAAAUGUCAUGGAAUGUCUGGAAGUUGUGAAAUGAAGACAUGCUGGAAAUCGACAGCUGACUUUCGCGAAGUCGGAACAGUUCUAAAGGAGAAAUUCAAAGCAGCGAGAAAGGUCAUCCUUCACAACACAGUCGCGAAUUCGCUAGUAACACGUGACCGCCACCGACGACGACGACGACGACGUCCGAAGAAACCCGUUUCCACGACUACAGCCAUGUUGCAAAAACACAGCCGAAUGGAAACGUUGAAAAUAGAUCUUAAGACGAAACACAACAGACAAGCCCAAAAGGGCAGAAAGAAAAGAAAGAGGAAGCGCCUUCGGGGCCGAUAUCCACGCAAAACUGAUCUGGUUUACUAUGAAAAGUCCCCUAGUUUUUGUGACCCAGAUCCUGAAAUCGAUUCACUUGGUACCACAGGCCGUUUUUGUAAUCGAACUGGUUCCGAUGUGGACAACUGUGAUACUUUGUGUUGCGGUCGUGGAUACAAUACUCUCAGGGUUCGACGCACCGAAAGAUGCAACUGUAAAUUCUAUUGGUGCUGUUAUGUCUUAUGUGACGAGUGUGUUUUCGAUGAAUGGGUGACUGUCUGUAAAUGAUCGCCGCCUUAAAACAAGAGUCAGCGAAACAUUAAUACGACUAGAGUUGAAGUAUCUUGCUCAGGGACACAACUGCAUGAUAUCACAAGCAGCAAGAACAGCCACAGGAGCAACAGCAACUACAACGACAACAACGACGACGAUGACGACAGCAACAGCAACAUCAGACAUACGAAACUGCCACCCAGCGGUCAUAAAUCGAAAUUUUCAUUGGACCAUUGCAUCUUUCACUCCCUGUAAAUACAAUAACAUUGACAAGAAGCUAAAACUGCACUAGCUACAACGGUAGAUUAUGAUGAUAAUAAUAAUAAUAAUAAUAAUAAUAAUAAUAAUAAUAAUAAUAAU